UGUGGCGACAGUUUUCCUUAGACAGUCAUGGCAAGAAGUUGUCCGCUUUCAUUGGCUGGUGUGGUGGUGCUGCUGCUCAGUUUCAGCCACCCGACGACAGCUGGCGUCAUGGACAAUGUGAACGAUGGCUUGAAGCUGGCAGGACAAAUGUUUGGCAUUAAUACGGCUGCCGAUGUGGCCAAUUUGGUGGCCAAGGCAUUCUCGCGAGCGACAACACGCAAGAAGCAACCUGAUCUGAUGAGCGUGUUGCAGCAGGGCUUCGAAGCGCAGCGACAACAGCAGCUGGAGCAGGAGGUGGAUGAGGAGGAGGAACAGGAGCAGGAACAUGAUCAAGCGGACCAAGAUCAGGCGGAGCAGGGUCAAGCGGAGCAAGAGAAUGCACAGGAAUCGCCACCAGCUGCAGAAGGAGGCACACGACGCCGUCCACUGCAGCUGAACAGCGUCCAAAUGCUGACCAACAUGAUGCGCAUGAUUGGCUUCGAUCCACGCAAGCUGGGCGCACUGGCUCUCAAUGCGAUCGUCAUGAUUGCACAGGCGAUUGGUAGCACCAUCAUGCAGGCGACACGUGGCGGCAACAAUAGCGCAACUGGACCCGAGGCACUCUUUGAGCCUAGCGAGCAUCAGCCGCGUUCCCUUUCACCGGGCAGCCCCAUCGAUUGGUUCCUGAGACGUCCAGGCGCACACACUCAGCGCAUGCUGCGACGCAUCAUGGAUCAUGAUCUGCCCGAGCAUGUGGUGGACAUGAUUGCGUCCAAGGAGUCGCCAGAUGGCAAUGAAGUCGCCUGCCUCAAGCUGCUCAUGUGCAAGAGUUCCCCAAUCAUUUGGGGCAUGCAGGAUUCGCUGAAGAAGCGUUUGGCCGGCGAGCCCGAGGAGCCCGAUGAGCAGAGCUACAUGAAUGCCAACAUGUUCUUCAAGUAUUUGCCCAGUUUGAGCGAGUUCAAGGAACAUGGCGUCGGAUGUGAGACGCGCUUUGCCAAGCACUGUCCUCGCAACGACACUUUGCGGCCGACACCAAAAUAUUAACCCACAGAGGCAGUUGAAUUGUUUUCAGUUUUAAAAAUUAUCAUAUGUAUGUAUGUAGUAAGUCCAUC